AUGGCGGCAGAGUUCUUCUCGGGUGCUGCUUCUAAUACCGUAGGAACACUGAUGGUUGACUAUUUGGUGAAGCCAAUAGAACGUCGCCUUCGCUACUUAUUUCGUUUCCAUAAGUUAAUUGAUGACCUCCACCAACAGCAAAACAAUCUGAAUAGAGAACAAACUCGAGUUGAAGAAGACGUUAAGGAGGCAAAAUUGCAGAUUCAAACUCAAGUAAUUGAGGAAUAUGUAGAUGAAUGGCUGACAAAUGUAGAAAAUGCCUUGAAAGAUGUACAGAAUUUGGACAGCAGAGUUGAAGAAAAUAAGAGAUGCUUCCGUUUGUGUCCUAAUUGGUGUUGGCGAUAUCAAUUAGGCAAGGAGAUUGAGAAGAAGAUAGUUUAUAUAAGCAAACUUGUAGAGGACUCCCAUUUUAAAAGAAUCGGCCGUCGUGCGGAGUUUCCUGGCUUAGAAUUCUUCACAUCUAAAGAUAUUUUGGCUUCCAAAUCUUCAACUGCUGCAUUCAACAAGAUCAUGGAAGCAUUAAAGGACGGUAAAGUUAACAUGAUCGGAGUGUGGGGGAUGGGAGGGGUGGGCAAAACCACCUUAGUCAAACAAAUCGGCAAGAAAACCAAAGAAUUAGGAUGUUUUAGUAAAGUUAUUGAAGUUGUGGUGUCCCAAAAAUCAAUCAUUGAAAAUAUUCAAGAUAAAAUAGCAGAUUUCUUGUUCUUAGAGUUCAAGAGUAAAACUGAAAAAGGGAGAGCAGAAGAAUUAUGGCUUCGAUUGGAAAAAGAAGAAGUCCUCAUAAUCCUUGAUGAUAUGUGGAAUGAGGUCCACUUGAAUGACAUAGGCAUUCCGCUAAAUGAAAAUGGGAAGGGAUGUAAAAUCAUUUUGACAACACGUCUCAUGAAAGUAUGCGAAUCUAUGAAAUGUCAAGUUUUUGUUCCAAUUGAUGUUUUGGAUGAUAAUGAAGCAUGGACACUAUUCAGAAUGAAAGCUAACCUUCAUGAAAGAGUUUCAAGGGAUAUUCUUGAGGAGGCUGAGAAAGUUGCAAAAGAAUGCAAGGGUCUACCGGUAGCGAUUGUAACGCUAGCAACGGCUCUAAAAAGUACAAAGAUCCGUAAAGGAUGGGAAGUGGCCCGCGAGAAACUUGAAAGAAGUAGAUUAGUGGAAAUCGGUAACAUUGGAGAAGAAGAAAAAAAUGCCUACUUGUGUAUCAAGAUAAGUUACGAGCAUUUGAAGAAAGAGACGAACCAGAAAUGCUUCUUAUUGUGUGCUUUAUAUCCAGAGGAUCAUUCAAUUGAUGUGGAAGAUUUGGUGCGAUAUGCUUGGAGUUUGGAGUUAUUUGGCAAGGCUGACUCAGUUGAAGAAGUGAGGAUUCAAGUUUUGGAAGCCAUUGAUUACCUCAAAGAUUCCUGCUUGCUGUUAAAAGAUGGAGAUGGUGGAAGGUACGUUAAGUUACAUGACAUAGUUCGUGAUGUUGCUCUAUGGAUUGCAUCAAAAGAAAAAAGUAAUUUUGUGAUCAAAUCUAGAUUGGCGUCACGAAAGAAAAGCUCUGAAUCUUGUAAUGCAAUCUCAUUGUUGGACAGUGAAGAGAAAAAAUUUCCUGAUGGAUUAAUGCAUUCGAAGCUUGAGAUCUUAUUGCUUAAGAACUGCAAUGUACAAGGUACAUGUUUUCAAGAAAUGAGAGAACUAAAAGUUUUAAGUCUUACAAUUGUAGAAGGUUCUACAGGGUUUAUUUCCUUGUAUGCUCUUAAGUACCUGGAAAAACUUCGUGCUCUGCAUUUGGAGAAUUUUAAGGACUUUUCGCACCUUGGAGACCUAAAGACAAUUGAGAUUCUAAGUUUGCGUGGUUCAAACUUUGAGGGUUUGGAAGAUGAAUUAGGGAGGUUGGAAAAUCUAAAGGUAUUGGAUUUAACCAAUUUUGGACUUAAAUGGAUCUUUGCCCCUAAUGUCAUUCAAAGGUUAUCUCACCUAGAGGAGUUGUACCUAUCAGGAUUACUGUAUAGAGAGAUAAGUAACGAUAUCUUUCUCAAGAUAAAGUUUUUGACCAGACUAUCUCUUGAGGUAUCUUUUCUACAUUUACCGCUAGACUUUGAGUUUCCUGAAUUAGAAAAUUACAAUAUAUGUAUAAACCGUAGAAGUAGCUGGCAUGAUUCUCGUUUUGAGGAAGCAAGAUCCUUGAAAGUUAAUGAAGUGUUUCCUUACAAUGCAGUUUCCCAAUUACUUGGGAAUUUAGAGUCCCUUGAAGUGUCAUGUAUCGAUGAUGAGUAUAUAGAAUGCUUGACUAACAAAACACAACAGAAGGUGUCAGUAUCAAUGAUCUUACAAAACCUAAAACAAGUGAGAAUUAAAGGCUGCAAGAGUCUAAAAGUGGUAUUUCAAAUGGAGGAGGUGGAAGAAAAUGAAGCUCCACUUCUUUCAAAUUUAAAGAUUUUACAUCUCGAAAGGUUGCCAGAUUUGAGUUGCAUAUGGGAAUUGCCAACCCAACAUGUAAGACUUGAAAGCUUAGUUCAUUUGAGGAUAGAAGAUUGCCCACGUUUGAAAUCACUCUUUUCACUUUCUUUUGCUCAAAGUCUCGUACUCUUGGAAACCCUUCACAUAAGCUCCUGUGUUGAGUUAAAGCAAAUAGUGGUAGAAUUGGAAGGUGAUGAGGGAGAAAUAUCAUCGACCAUCAAUUCUCAUAAAUCUUUGUGCUUCCCAAAGUUAACAAGGCUCGACAUAUCUUUUUGUAAUGGUUUGGAGUAUAUUUUUUUUACGUCGUUGGCACCACAAUGGCUUCAGGGUUUGACUCUUAACAUAAGAUAUUGCCGUCAAUUAAAACAAGUGUUCAGGGUGGGAAAUGAUAGUCUGCUCCUACACCAGCAGUUCUUGAGAUCGCUAUCGUCCUUUACAGUGCUUUGUUGCCCUCAAUUAAUUGAUUCGGUUGUUCAUUUCGAAGCUGAGGAAGCUCGCAUAGAGCGUGUUCGAUUAUCAGCAUUCAAGGAAUCUUUCAAAACUUCGAAACAACUUGAACUAAAUUCAAUUGAGGAUCAUAAUCUGGUUCCAGAAGCUAAUGAAGAUGGACUAAAUGGAGUAACUUCACUUCAACUUCGGGAUUGCUUGUAUCUUGAAUGCUUUGUUGAUACCACCACUACUGCAACAAAGAAUGGGCCAACUUCAGCAUUCACUCAUUUGGAGACAUUAAAAAUAGAAUUUAUGUAUCGGUUGAAAGCCUUAUGCAAGGGUCAGCCUCCACAAGGUUUCCUCAAAAACUUGAAAUAUCUGGAAGUUAGAGAUUGUUACGAGUUGCGAGUCGUGGUUGAGCUCCUUCAUAUCAGAGAAGAAAAUCAAGAGCGCCCACUUUCAAAUUUACAAUCUUUGAAGCUCUUCUACGUACCAGAAUUGAGAUGGAUAUUCAAAGGCCCACCGCACUCUUUCACCCUCAAAAGUCUUACAGUUGUAGACAUAGAUCAGUGCAGAAACUUGAAAUCCAUUUUUUCACCUUCCCUUAUUCAAAGCCUAGAGCUUUUAGAACAACUCAAGAUACGAUGCUGCCCCAAUUUGGAAACUCUUUUCAAUGAUGGUGAAAUAGAAUCAAAGACUUCUUCCCUUCCCCUCUGCUUGCCCAAAUUGAAAACUCUUUGCAUCAUUUGUUGUUUAAAACUGGAAUAUGUUGUGCCAAUCAAUUUGGCUCAAGGUCUUCCUGCUCUUGCAUUGCUUUCGGUUUCUUAUUGUGAUGAAUUAAAGCAAGUAUUCGGUAUGCCAAAUGAACAAGAUGGAGUUCAACACCAUGAUAGGCUGCUCCUUUCAUGUCUACAAGAUCUACAACUUAUUUGCUUAACAAACUUGACUAGUUUUGUCCCACAAAACUAUGUUGUCAAAGCACCAUCUUUGAAAAGAUUGGAAGUUAAUGAUUGUCCUAAAGUGAUGACCCUUCCCAUUCAACAAGCCAACAAUCAGCUGGAGUUAACGUUAAAGCUUCAGGGUGGAAAUAUCAUCUCAAGUCUAGAGAGAAUGGAGCUUUCUAAUUUGAUUAAGUUGCAAGAUAUAUGGAAGGGUCCCAUUCAUGUUGCAACCAAUCUUAGAGAACUAAAGGUUCGCCGCUGCAAUAAUUUGACAUACAUCUUUCCAGUUACGCUCAUUCCACAUCUACCACAAUUAAGCUUUCUAAACAUAGCGUCAUGUGAGAACUUGAAGCAAAUAAUUGGAAAUGAUGACAUUUUAGCAUCUUCAUCAUCAUCACAAGAUCCUCAGUCGGAGAUGAAAAUGGUAUUCCCUCGGUUAAAGCAAAUACUACUUCAAAACUUGUCAAAGCUCGAGAGUUUCAGCCCUCUGCUUUAUCAUCUGGAAUUCCCGUGUUUGGAUUUGCUUGACAUUAAGCAAUGUUCCAAGAUGAUCACAAGAUUCAGUGCAGAUUAUUUAACGUUGACUGUGCAUGCUAAAACUGAUCAGGCAUCUCAACUAAAUGAUACCAAUCUCUCACGAAAAGCUAUAUUCUGGGAAAGGAGAAAACCUACCUUACUACCUCAGUAUGAAGUAGAAGCUGAAGAAAUUUCACCCUUUAAGUGAAAAAUGUUGCAGAAGGCAUUCUUGAGCCUAAACCACGUCGAUUGUACCAACAGUCUACACUUGUUAAUUAACUAGUUAAAUAUGGAAUGACCAUUUACCUUUUUUCUCG